GUUAAACAACUUUUUAAGAGCUUCCUCUGGCAACUUCUACAAGCACUUGCAUACUGUCAUACCCGAAGAGUUUUACACAGAGAUUUAAAGCCGCAGAAUCUUCUCGUUGAUGAUAGCGGAGUUAUCAAAUUAGCUGAUUUUGGACUCGCACGAAACUUCUCCAUUCCUAGUCGCGUUUAUACUCAUGAAGUCGUUACAUUGUGGUAUCGAGCACCGGAGAUCCUCUUGGGAGGACGCUACUACUCAACUGCCAUCGAUAUAUGGAGCUUAGGAUGCAUAUUUUCUGAAAUGGUAGCAGGAGUUCCUUUAUUUGCUGGAGACUCUGAGAUUGAUCAGUUGUUCCGGAUAUUCAAGAUUUUGGGAACGCCUACAUCUGAGACAUGGCCCGGGGUGGAAAAGCUGCAAGACUAUAAGAAAUCAUUCCCAAAAUGGUUCUUCAACGAGGAAGCUCUUUUAGCCGCUACUUCUCCAAUGAGUGAGGACGGUGUAGAUUUGCUCAAGGUUUCAUUACAAUUCUUUGCUAAUAUAUCAAUGUUUUUGAGCUCAGUGUUUACAGCUCAAUAA